GACUGAGUCUUCAUAGUUUGCCUUGUCAAUGAUAAAAGCAUUUUAAUUAUUUUGGAUGGACUAUUUUUACGAAAUUAUUUGUAAAGUUUAAGACAUGAUACAUGGCUGGAAAGGGCGAGAUCAUCCAGAUCCACAUCGGCCAGGCCGGUGUCCAGAUAGCCAACGCCUGUUGGGAGCUCUACUGCCUGGAACAUGGCAUCUUGGCCAACGGAAGAGUGAUGCAAAGGCCCGUUGAUGAUGCGUUCCUCACCUUUUUCGAGUUCACCAGCACAAACACUAGUGUCCAGCCUCGAAUCGUCAUGAUCGACACCGAGCCCACGGUCAUAGAUGAAAUCCGCACUGGCGCCUACCGAAAUCUUUUCCAUCCGGAUACCCUUAUCACGGGCAAGGACGACAGUGGCAGUAACUUUGCCAGGGGCUAUAACCUGAUGGCCAGUGAGCUCCUGGAUCGCUCCAUGAAUGCUAUUCGACGAGUGGCCGAUCGCUGCAGGAAUCUCAGAGGCUUCCUGGUUUUCCGAGCCAUUGGUGGGGGAUCAGGCUCCGGUCUGGGCACUCGAAUAAUGGAAAAACUCUUGGAUGAUUUUGGCAGAAAGAUGACGGUUGUGGAGUUUCUAGUCUAUCCAUCGCCUUCAAUAUCUCCUGUGAUCGUAGAGCCGUACAAUGCCCUGUUGGCCGCUCACUUCUCCAUGGACUGCGCGGAUGUUUCCUUUAUAGUGGACAACGAGGCCCUGUACGAUAUUUGUGCCAAUACCCUGAAUGUUCCCGCUCCCACCUAUACGAAUCUUAACCGCAUCAUUGGGCAGGUUGUCUCCGGAUUUACAGCAUCACUGCGCUUUGGCGGAGGCUCGAGCGUGAGCUUUCAGGAGCUCCAGACAAACUUGGUGCCAUACCCGAGGAUCCACUACCCCCUGAUCAACUACGCACCUCUGGUGCCCAUCUCUCACUCCCAGUUCGUCAACAUGUCGACGGCUCAGCUGACGGGGCAGUGCUUCCAGAUGAGCAACCAGAUGGUCAGGUGCAACCCUUCGCACGGCAAGUACAUGUCGUGCGUCCUUCUGUAUCGCGGGGAUAUAGCUCCCAACGAGAUCAAUACGGCGCUGGAGAACAUUAAGCGGAACAGGUCGUUUCGCUUCGUGGACUGGUCGCCAACUGGCUUCAAAAUAGGAGUCACCGGCAUGCCGCCGGUAUAUGUUCCUGGCGGCGAUCUGGCGCCCACCAAUCGCGCCUGCGUGGCCAUUUCGAACAACACCAACAUCCGGAUAGCCUGGUGCCGGCUGGUCAACAAGUUCGACAAACUGUACCAGAAGCGGGCCUUCGUCUACCACUACGUGGGUGAGGGACUCGAGGAGGGAAACUUUGCCGAGGCAUCGGAAAAUAUCUGCCAACUCGUCCACGACUAUCUGGAGGUGGAUGCCUCCGCUCCAACCUCCAAUCGCGAUUCCGGAGAUGACGAAGCCGGAGAUGACGACUAGUGGGCUUUGUCCACCCGAAGCCCUUUUUCCUUUCAGCAUCUGUGUCGUCCAAAAAAAAAUCAUUAAAUUCCCUGUGGCACAUUUUA